UUCCAUGUCAAGCGACGACGUGCCCAUGGCCGACGCCGGCGAGGUCCUCGACGCAGCCACCGCCACUAGCACCCAGGCCGCCGACGCGCAGCAGCACCCCACCACCGAGAGCGCCCUGGUCUCCGACGCGGAGCAACACCCGGCCGCCCUGACCUCCGACGCGCAGCAUCACCUGGCCUCCUACGCGCAGCAGGACCCGGCCCAGGAAGCGGCGCCGCCCGAGCCCGGCCACCACUUCCUGGACCUGAGCGGUGAGGAUGCUGCGCGGAGUUUCCUGAGUGCCGCCGUGAAGAGCGCGGAGGAGGCCAGUUGAUGCUACUCAGGCAUUAUUCCCAAUCUUAAUGCUAGAAUUAGCUUCAGUGUCAGUCCCUCAUUUAAUCCAGAUGCUACUCAGGCAUUAUUCCCCCUAAAUUAGUAUUAGGAAGGAUCAUCUUAAGAUGAUGUCAGUGGGACAAAUAUUGGCUCUUUUAGCUGGAUUAUCACUACAUUCAGAACUAACAGACUAAGCUCUCCAUCGCAAUAUCACCUGGUUCAUGUCCUUUUCAUGGUCUUAACGAAACUCCCAUACACAUACACAGGGUGCUUUGGAGAUCAACACAUCGGAGCUUUUAGGUGGAGAGUGCAAUGUGGCUGACCAUGCUCUCAUGCUUCAUGAAAACCACAAGGUUUCUUCUUCUCUUUGAUAGGACAAUCGAUAAGCUCAUCUGCAUCAAAUUCUUAUCAGCUCCAUCAAGCAGCUGACCAUGCUAUUCAUACAAAAUAACAUAUCCAUACGCUGCAUCAAAUUCUUAUCAGCUCCAUCAAGCAGCUGACCAUGCUAUUCAUACAAAAUAACAUAUCCAUACGCGCCUUGUAGGCUGUAGCAAGAGAUGGAGGCUAUUCAUUGCAAGCUAAUUCAACUUGAGAGGCAACUGGAGCAAAGGGAUAAAGACCUGGUGCUCAUCACACGGCAGCUGAACAUGAAACUACAAGCAGGGAAGAAGCACCCAGAGGAAGACCAUCAAUGUCUUUAUGGGGUAACGACUAAUGUGAGAAAUAUUAUGGAAGAGGAAGUAAAAAGGAUGAGUGAUUCAUUGUACCUCCUCAACAGAGAGCAGCCUAACGGCAAAGAGCUCCAAGAGAAUCGCCAAGAGUUGAUUCAAGUACAAGUAAAAGCCCACAGUUUUUAAAAUUUCUAGUUGCUCUAUCUGGGAGAAGUUACAUUGUUGCUAAAAGUUUUCCUCAUUGAAAUGAUCGUAAUGUGCAGGUUUCCGAGAACAUGCUGAUUAGUGGGGGUGCAGUUUUUGGAAUCAAAAGGAUGGGCCAACUUGAUGAAAGUCCUUUUCGCGCCACAUGCAAUUUGAAAUACAGAGACAGUGAUCCAGAGGACAAAGCUGCAAGGUUGGUCUCGUAUUGGCAGGUGAAAAUACAGAAGCCAUCGUGGCGUCCGUUUGUUACUAUUCAGGUCAAAGAAGAAGAUCAGGAGGUUAUAGAUGACAAUGAUCCAAAACUAAGCAAGCUGCGGUCUCGGUACGGCGACAGCGUCUGCAAUGCAGUGAAGGAUGCACUGAAAGAGCUCAACGAGUACAGUCCUGACAAGCGGUGCAUCAUGAAUGAGGUCUGGAACUUCCGGGAAGGGCGGAAAGCGACGAUGACAGAGGUGAUCACCUGCAUUUUAGAGCAGCUGGUAGCGGCAGACCCAGGAUUGCGAGGACAUGAAUUCAAGGUUCCCACCCAAAAAAUUUCAAAUUCAAUAUAACCAGCUAAGAACAGCUGUUUACCUGUAUAACCGGAUGACAAUAGUUCAAUCAACCAACUAAAACAAUUGAGACUAUCACCAACCGGAUCUUUCUUAAGCUUUCUUUGCUACAUUUGUUCGGAGAAACGACAAAAAUUGGUCUACAUUGAUUAGUUAGUAGAGCAGAUUUUACCCAAAAGCAUUGUGAGUGUCCAGUUAUUCCAUGAAGAUGCGAGUCUAGUCAGUAAUGUGCAAAGCAUGGCUGCUUAUAGAUUGUUAAUGAUGUCAGAACUCUAGAGUUACUCAUAUGUCAAAAAAAACUCUAGAGUUACUUCAUCACAAAAGAGGAAUUCUAGGGUUACCAUGGCAACUUAAACUGCAACCUGGUAAGCUAAACAAUGCAGUAUCUCUAGCACACAAAGGUUGGAAAUAUUGGCACCCAUAUACGCUGCAAAUCUACUAUAGGUGAAACUUGAAAAAAACAGCAUAGCAAUACAAUCUCCUGGUUCAAAUGUAGUUGCACAAAUAGGGAUACAAGCGGAAUGUGUCUGCUUGUCCGCAAUCGUCCACAAAGAGAAAAA